AUGAUCGCCGCCUUUGGUCAAAGUACGGACAAAGUGGUGCGCGUGUCGACGGCUUCACAUCAUUUGAACAUCACAACGCCUGCUUUUUACCUGCAGCAACCCACGACACGCACAGCCAUGCCGUCUCGUAGUGGGAAACGUCCUCAUUGCGAUAGCAUCGACAGCUACUCGCCUGCGCCGAGCAAGAAGUACAAGCAAGCGACCUCUUUCACUUCCGAUACUUCUUCAACAUCGGCAACGUCGACUGCUAGCUCUAUCGACUUGGAUUAUCCUUCAAUACAAACACCACUCAGCAUUGACACUCUCAUGCCGGCCUUCAAGAACGUACAAUACGACCGUCCAACCUACCGAUCAGUAUCACCACAGCCACCAUCACCCAGAUCGCAUUGA